AUCUGCCCUUCCGUUAGUCCAGCUUCUAAACUGCAUUCGAUACUCCCGUUAAGCCCUUGUCGUGGUCGAUUAUGUCCACAUAAGGAUAGGACACUGCCAGACUUAUGGCCAUCCGUACCCUCAUGGAUCUGAGUGUGUCCUAUUUUUACACAUAUCCCUAUACCUUCCUUAGGUCGGAGGUACAGAAGUCCGUGAGCCUGAUUCAUGGUACCCAAGUGUCACCGCCGAAGACGUACUUCUUACUCGCAACUCGUUUUCAGAACCAGUCCAUAGUUGUUGUUCAGCUCAGGGCGGUGAACGUGCAGCGACAUGCAUUCCUUCGUCCAUUCCAUAUGUCAAGCAAAUGUAAUCUGAGAGUUCAAUAAUGUCACUCGAUGUGGCGAAUUCAAUGCCUCUCUGUUGCGGCUUCUUAUAGCUUGCUUGCGUCGUAUAUCUCUCGCACUUCAUCCCGAAAGUGCUCUUAGGUACUUUCUGUCCUUCAUCUCUUCAUCAUGACAGAAAUACCCCCGUCCUUGAAGAAUCUCAAGCGCCGCACUGUCCUCCCUCUCAUACGCAAGACAGAAUCUCGCUUGGCCCCGGCUCGUUUUGCCAUAGCCAAGCAAGCCAUUCCAGAUCCUGCAAACAUACAGGGCGACGUGUAUCUUCUCUUUCCAAAGGUUGCAGAAUGUUUUCUCUUCUUUUGGAUUGAAGACAAGGACAAGUUCAAGGCCGCUCUGCGGAACUAUCGGCCAACUUCCUCUGAAGAUGUCGCCGGGCACCUGGAGACUAUCUCCGAUGCGAAGGAACGUGGCCAGAUCGCUGACCUUUUCCAGACUCAGAUUGCCUUCAGUCGCUCCGGCCUGACCGCGUUGGGUCGACCUGAAGCCGUUGGCGACAUACGCUACGAUGGCGGUUCUAUGCGAAGAGACAAGGGGGUGCUUGGCGAUGGUCGCCAGUGGGAUCCGAUUUUUGACCCUGGAACUGUACAUGGUGUCUUCGUCGUUGCAGCAGCCAAUGCUCAGAAGCGAUCUGAGGCUCUCACUAAUAUCAAGGAUCUGUUCGGUGGCGCUGUAAGGAAGUUCAGGAGUAUCAAUGCAGACCGACGCACGGGCAAGAACAAGGGCCAUGAGCAUUUUGGCUACGAGGAUGGCGUUUCUCAGCCUGCUAUACGCGGCCUUGCCAUUCCUCGUAAAGGCCAACUUGAGGUUGAUCCCGGUGUGAUUAUCAUGGGCUACAAAGGCGAUCCCGUCUUCGAUAGCACUGAUCCAAACGUCACUAAACGUCCAUACUGGACAAAGGAUGGUAGCCUUAUGGUCUUCCGUAAACUUGAGCAAGAUGUGAAAGGCUUUGAGGACUACCUUACCCAGAACGCUAACCGCUGGAGGGACUUCUGGCCCCCUGGUACGGUUGGCCAGGACCUUACGCCCAAGGAGGGUGCAGACCUGUGGGGUGCAAGGAUGAUUGGAAGGUGGAAAUCCGGAUGUCCGAUCGCUUUGUCCCCUUAUCGAGACAACCCCGACAUCGCUGCUGACCCGGACCAAGUGAAUAAUUUCGACUACACCGUCCCGAACCAGACAGGACCUAGUGACAUUGGUUGCCCCUUCGUCGCUCAUACUCGUAAGACCGCGCCACGCAACCUCGAUCCAUUCGUCUCGAAGAAAUACUUGGAGUCAGCUGUUAUCGUACGUGCCGGCAUGCCCUACGGCAAAGACUACUCCGAAGCGCCUCUCGACACAGAGCGUGGUUUGGCCUUCGUCUGUUACAGUUCUAGUAUCACGAAUGGUUUCUUCCUUCAGACGACCGGAUUUGCCGGUAACGAUUACUUUCCUACCAGCGGCGUUAUUCCAUUCAGGCAUGGUCAGGACCCUAUUCUCGGCGGACCCGGAGAUAUGUUCGAUGCUGCUAUUAUCGGAGACCCCGACGUAAACCAGACGGACAAGGACAUUGUCCCCAACAAGGAAAUUACCAUUCGUGUCAGCGAUAAGACGGGAAAAAUCUUCCAAGUCAGUGGUGUUGCCAGGCCGGAGGAUGUCACCGCUUUUAAGCAAGACUUCUUCGUGACGUCCCGAGGAGGAGAAUAUUUUUUCGUUCCGUCCGUGGAGACGGUCAAGCUACUUGCGGGUGCAUAGUCGUCGAAAUCUCUCUAGGUAGCUUGCCUCGUAGCGAUCGUAUUGCCCAUGUCUAUUACUGUAACGAGAAAGAAGGGCGAAUUUGAGGUGCACCAACCAGAAGGCGAAUCAUGUCUUUGCGUCGGGGCCAUAAUCGAGAAGUUCUUCGCAGUUGUAUUGCAUAUAUACACUACAACGAGCGAAAUGAACCCUCUGAAAACGUUAGCGAAAUCUGUCUAAAAACUACCACUACAAAUCUUAUACAAAUAAUGUGGAAAGUAAACUGCUACUUGCUUUUGUUACCAAUGAUAGAUAGCUUUGGAUUC